GUGGUUACGAAGUUGGGGGCGGAGAAGUCAAGGGUGGCUGGGAAAUGAUGGCUGAUGAAGAGGAAGAAGUCAAGCAGAUCUUGCAGAAAUUGCAGGAACUGGUGGAUCAGCUCUAUUCAUUUCGAGACUGCUAUUUCGAAACACAUAGCGUUGAGGAUGCUGGGAGGAAGCAACAGGAUGUGCGGGAGGAGAUGGAGAAGACCCUGCAACAGAUGGAGGAAGUAGCAGGUUCUGUCCAGAGCAAGGCCCAGGUUCUGAUGCUCACUGGGAAGGCACUGAAUGUGACUCCUGACUAUAGCCUUAGGGCUGAGGAGCUUCUGUCAAAGGCUGUGAAGCUGGAGCCUGAGCUGGUGGAAGCCUGGAACCAGCUGGGUGAGGUGUACUGGAAGAAAGGGGAUGUUGCAGCGGCCCACACCUGCUUCUCAGGAGCCCUCACCCAUUGCAAGAACAAAGUCUCCCUGCAAAACCUGUCCAUGGUGCUUCGCCAGCUGCGGGCUGACACUGGAGAUGAACAUUCUCGUCAUGUCAUGGAUAGUGUUCGACAGGCCAAGUUGGCUGUGCAGAUGGAUGUCCAUGAUGGCCGCUCCUGGUAUAUCCUGGGGAAUGCGUACCUUUCUCUUUACUUCAAUACUGGCCAGAGCCCUAAGAUCUCCCAGCAAGCCCUCAAUGCCUAUGCUCAAGCAGAGAAGGUCGACAGGACAGCUUCCAGCAAUCCUGACCUUCAUCUGAACAGGGCGACGUUGCAUAAAUAUGAAGAGAGUUACGGGGAGGCCCUGGAGGGAUUCUCUCGGGCUGCAGCACUGGAACCUGCCUGGCCAGAGCCCCGGCAACGAGAGCAACAGCUUCUGGAAUUCCUGGACAGAUUAACCAGCCUUCUUGAGAGCAAGGGAAAGGUAAAGACCAAAAAGUUGCAGAGCAUGCUGGGAAGCUUGCGCCCAGCCCAUCUAGGCCCUUGUGGUGACGGGCACUAUCAGUCAGCCUCUGGGCAGAAGGUGACCCUGGAGCUCAAGCCACUGAGUGUGCUGCAGCCUGGUGUGAAUAGUGGUGUUGUGGUCCUGGGAAAGGUGGUGUUUAGCCUUACUACAGAGGAGAAAGUACCCUUUACAUUUGGCCUGGUAGAUUCAGAUGGACCUUGCUAUGCCGUAAUGGUGUAUAACAUGGUACAGAGCUGGGGAGUGCUCAUUGGGGACUCUGUGGCCAUCCCUGAGCCCAACCUUCGGCUUCACCGCAUUCAGCACAAGGGAAAGGACUAUUCCUUUCCCAGUGUUCGUGUGGAGACGCCCCUCCUGCUGGUGGUGAAUGGGAAGCCUCAGGGCUCCAGCAGCCAGGCUGCUGCCACAGUAGCGUCGCGGCCACAGUGCGAAUGACCUUCCAUGACUCACGAGCUAAAUAGGGACUGGAGGCAAGGAGAUAAGCUCAAGGGACUUGGCGGCUGGACCAGGCACAUCCAGUGACUCAACCGGGCUGGGGUUGGGGAUGUUUUAGAUGAAGACUUUCCCGUCCUCUGCCAUUAAGACACACUGUGUCCCUUCUGUUUCUCCUUCUGUCACCAUGUUCGAGCUCCCUCCAUACUCUCCUGCCUCUUUCACUGCUCUCUGUUUUAGGCAAAGAGCAUUGAGUUGGUAGAAGUGUUGGGAUCUUGCUAUGGGACAGAGUCCCCAAGGUUCCUGUUCUUGCUUCCUUCCUGAGCCUCAUGUGUAUAUAUCAGUUCAGUAUUUAUUGCUAAGGGAGGUGGUUUAAUUUUUUAAUGGCUUGUUUUUUGAGCAAUUUUUAUUUUUAUUUUUUAAAAAUUAGGUCCUUCCCCUCUUUGGGGCUGGAACAGAAUUAAAUGCUUUUGGAAAACAAACAAACAAACCCUGUGGUUGGCCUGCUUCAUUCUCUCCAGGCUUGGAUUCUUGGUUCCAGGAUUACUUGAAUCUGUUAGAAUAAUACUUUCUUUUUUCUUUAUACAAUAGUUUAUUUCUCUUUCAGUUAAAACAAUUCUGGCAGUGGCAUCCCAGGGUAGGAAUAGCAGCUCCACAAAGUUGCUGGGGACCAGCUUCCUUCCCUCUCUCCGUCUAUUGCCUCUAGGGGUGGCCUGGCCCUCAUCAUGGUCCAAGAUGACAGAGCAAUACUAUUCUAAUAGUGUUACUGGGCUGAAAGACCAGGGAGAGCUAGGUAUUCAGUUUCUUUAGAUCCUAGUGCUAUGUUUGUCAGUAAUUUCUGUUAAUAUCCUUGAGGAGAUGUGAGGGAGGAUUAAUAAAAAAUUGAAUGACUAUAACCAGAGAGUGCAGUAAUGAUGGAUUAAUUUGGAAGACUCCUAAUGAUCGACUCAGGUCUUUGUCCUUGGUUCAGUCCUGUUCAACAGUUUAUCAGUGACUUGAAUACCAUUGAUAACUGAUGAAAUAUUUAAAGAACGUAAAACUCAGUGGACUCCUCAGAGGAUGGAUGAAAGAAUAAGAGUCUGUCUGUCUAAAGAAGCUGUAAGGGCUGGGUCUAACAAGAUAAAAUUUUGAAGUCCGUUCCUUUGGCCCAGAAAGCUAACUUUCUAUAUAUUCAACAUCAUGUGUGAAAUGUGCUUGGAACCUUAGUAGAUCGAGAUAAAGUCUGUAUGAGUAACAGGUAUGAUACAGUUGCACAAACACUCUUUCUAGGCUGCACCAAGGAAAAUCUGGUAGCCAGAGAGAGGUUUUACUACAGUGUCUGUCAGACUGUAUGUAGACCCUUGCCUUCAGUUUUGAGUGUCAGAUUUUAAGACUUAUAGAAGAGUGAUAGGGGCUUGAGGGGGUGUAAAAAUAUCUUGUGGCUGCAAGCAGCUGUAGUGGAUGAGAGUGUAUGAAUGUUAGAGAUAACAGGGAAACAAGAGCCCCAAUAAUUCUUCCCCUUUUAUUCAGGUUCUGAGAGAAUUUGACAUAUUUUGUGUAGGGACAGAGAGUAGAAAAAUGACCAAUGGGUUGACACUAGAGAGAAGCAGAACUUAAACAUUUUAUGAUGAAAAAUAUAUGUGCAUUAAAGUAUGUAAAACAUGUGCGUAUGGUUUACAGAAUAAUUACAAGACCCAUGAAAUGUCCGUUGGACUUAAAACCUAGCAUACCACCAGCACUUUAGAAGCCCUUGUGGGCCUUUCUGUGAUCUCGUUUUCACAGCUGUAUAGUAUGUCAUUGUGUGAUUCUGCCACAGUUUAUUUAUCCUACUGAUAAAGGGUAUUUGGGUUGUUUUCAGCUUUUUUUUUUUUUAACCAUCAAGGUAACCAAAAACUCAACCAAACCUGUUGCUGUUGAGUAGAUUCUAACUCAUGGUGACCCCAUGUGUUACAGAGUAGAAUGGCUCCAUAAGGUUUUCUUGGCUGUAAUCUUUAUGAAAGCAAAUCCUCAGACCAUAACACUACCGAGGGGGUUUGAGCUGCCAAUGAUUAGGUUGGCAGUCAAGCACAAACCACUUUUGCCACACUGGGACCUUGUUAUCAACAUAACCCGUUGCUGUCUAGUCGAUUCCGACUAGUAGCCACCCUAUAGGACAGGGUAGAACUGCCCCAUAGAGUUUCCAAGGAGCGCCUGGUGGAUUUGAACUGCUGACCUUUUGAUUAGCAGCUGUGACACUUAACCACUAUGCCACCAGGGUUCCCAUUAUCAAGGUAGUACAUUAUUAAUAUUCUUGUAUGUGUCCCUGAUGCACAAGCUUAAGGUUUUCUUUUAUUGCAGUGGGUCUCAAAGACUGGUCCCCAGACCAAUAGUAUCAACAUCGCCUAGAACCUCUUGAGAAAUGGAAAUUCUCAGGCCGCACUGGAAACUUUACUGAACCAGAAACUCCGGAGGAGGAGCUCGGCAGUUGAUCUCAACAAGCCCUCUCGGUGAUUCUGAUGCACGCUAAAGUUUUAAAACCACCGCUUCAGAGUAUUGACUCAAGAAUGGAAUUGCUGAGUCAUAGAGCGUACACGUGCUCAACUUUCUGAAAAAAUGCCAAACGUUUCCUGAGUGGUUGGACCAAUUUAUGUCUGUCGGUGGAUGAGUCUUCCUAAUGCUCUUGUCCUCUUCUAUGCUUAGUGUUGGCAUACCUUUUUUUUUUUUAAUAUUGUAUUUUUGUUGAAAGUCUACACAGCAAAACACGCUCCCAUUCAACAAUUUCUACACAUAAUUGUUUAGUGACAUUGGUUAUAUUCUUCACAUUGUGUCACCAUUUUCAUUAUUUCUGUUCUAGUCGUUCUCUUCCCAAUAACUUAGUCUCACUGCCCCCCAACCUUUGCAUGUAUGCCUUGGAGUAAUUCUUGGCCAUUUGGUCUCACAUAUAUAAUUCUUAAAGGAGUGCAGUACUCAAGGGUGAUAUUCAUUACUUUAUGAGCUAACCUGCUAUUUAGCUAAAAGGUGACUUCAGGGAAUAGUUUUGAUUCAAGGUUUAAAGAGUAUCUUAGGGCAAUAAUCUCAGGGAUUCCUCCAGUCUCAAUCGGUCCUGUAAGUCUGGACUUGUUGAGAAUACAAAAAGUUCUAUUCCAAGUUUUUCACCUUAUAAGUAUUGUCAUAAUUUUUCUAAAAAAAUUUACUUAUUUUUUUGUUGAAAAUAUACACAGCAAAACAUACCCCAGUUCCACAGUUUCUACAUGUACCAUUUAGUGACACCGAAUACGUUCUUCGAGUUGUGCAACUAUUCUCACCCUCCUUUUCUGAGUUGUUCCUUGCACGUUAACGUAAAUUUGCUGGCCCCUAAGAUUCCUAUCUAAUCUUUAAAGUUGCCGUUUUUAAUUUGAUCCUAUGUGGAUGGUUCUUAAAAGGCAGACUUUUUUUACUGAUUAAGUGAGACUAUUGUUUGGUUUUAAGAAGACUUCAGAGGAUAUUUUUGGUUUAAGGUUUAAAGAUUAUCUCACAGCAAUAGUUUCAGAGGUUCAGCUAGCUUCCAUGGCUCCAGAAAGUUUGGAGUCCAUGAAAAUUAAAAAUUCCGAUCUGAAUUUUCCCCUUUUUGAUCAGGAUUCUUCUCUAGAAUCUUUGAUCAAAAUGUUCUGUAAUGGUAGUUGGACACCAUCCAGUCCUUCUGGCCUCAUGGCAAAGGAAGUAGUUGUUCCUAGAGGCAGUUAGCCGCACAUUCCAUAUCCCUUUUCUAUUCCUGAUGCUCCUUCUUCCUCUGUUGCAGCAGGCUAACAGAGACCAGUUGUUGUGCCCUUGAUGGCUGCUUGCAAGUUUUUUAAGACCUUAGGCACUACACAGCGACCUAGGAGGUACAACAGAAGAGCUAAACAAUUAUUAGGCCAGUUAACUGGGAUGUCCCAUGAAACAAUGACCCUAAACUUCCACACCAAGAAACCAAAUCCUGUGAGGAUUUUGGUUGUACAUAAGCAGUCUCAGCAGCUACUCUUUUUUUUUUUUUUUGUAAGUAUAUCUAUCACACAACUUUUGUCAAUUUGACUUUUUACAGGUGUACCACUUACAGCAAUUAACAGUAAUCAGCUGUGCAACCUUACCCUUUGUUGUUGUUAUGUGCCAUCAAGUCAGUUCUGAUUCAUAGCAACUCUGUACAAUAGAAGGAAACACUGCCAGGUCCUGCAUCAUCCUCACAAUCUUUGCUAUGCUUGAGCCUAUUGCAGCCAUUGUGUCAAUCCAUCUCAUUGAGGGUCUUCCUCUUUUUGCUGAUGCAGUUCCAAACAUGAUGUCCUCCUCUAGGGACCGGCCCCUCCUGAUAACAUAUCCAAAAUAUAUAAGAUGAAGUCUCACCAUCCUUGCUUCUAAGGAGCAUUCCAGCUGUGCUUCAUCCAAAACAGAUUUGUUUGAUCUCCUGGCAGUCCACGGUGUAUUUAGUAUUCUUCACCAACACCAUAAUUCAAAUGCAUCAAUUCUUUGAUCUUAUUCAUCGUCCAGCUUUUGCAUGCAUAUAAGACGAUUGAAAGUACCAUGGCUUGGGUCAGGUAAACCUGAGCCCUCAUAGUGACAUCUUUGCUUUUUAACACUUUAAAGAGGUCUUUUGCAGCAGAUUUGCCCAAUGCAAUAUGUUGUUUGAUUUCUUGACUGCUGCUUCCAUGUUAGGUAAUCCAUUGGUAAAAGUUAGGCCUGACAACGUUGCCCUGGCUUUCUCCUUUAAGAAUUUUAUUGUUUCAGUUUUCACAUUUAGGUUAUCAGUCCAUUUUGAUUUUGUUUUUGGUGUGGUGUGAGGCAUUGAUCCUGUUUCAUCUUUCUGCAUGUGAGAAUCUAAUUUUCCCAGCACCGUUACUGGAGAGACUCUUCUUUCUGUAUUGAAUAGACUUAGCACCCUUGUCAGAAUCAGUUGAUCAUAGAUGUGUGGGUUUACUUCUGGUCUCAGUUCUAUUUCACUGGUCUAUAUGUCUAUUGAUAAACCAGUACCAGGUCGUUUUGAUUACUGUAGCUAUCUAGUAUAUUUUAAAAUUAGGAAGUGUGAGUCCACCUAUUUGUUCUUCUCUUUCAACAUUGCUUUAGCUGUUCAGGGCCUCUUGCCCUUCCAUAUAAAGUUGAGGAUUGGUUUUUCUAUUUCUGUAAAGAAAGCUAUUGAAAUUUUGAUUGGGAUUGCAUUGAAUCUAUAGAUCACGUUGAGUAGUAUUGACAUCUUAACAAUAUUAAAUCUUCCAGUCCAUGAACAUGUAAUGUCUAUCCAUUUAUUUAAGUCUUCUUUAAUGUCUUUCAGUAGUGUUUUAUAGUUUUCAUUGUGUAAGGUCUUCACAUCCUGGUUAAAUUUAUUCCUAGGCAUUUUAUUCUCUUAGAUGCUAUUGUAAGUGGAAUUAUUUCCCUAAAUUUCCCUUCAGAUUUCUCACUGCUGGCAGAUAGAAAUCCAGUUGAUUUUUGUUUGUUGAACCUUGUACCCUGCAACUUUUUAAAAUUCCUCUAUUAGCUCUAGAAGUUUUCUUGUGGACUCUUUCAGAUUUUCUAUAUAAGGUUAUAUCAUCCAUGAAUAGAGAUAAUUCUACUUCUUUUUUUUCCAAUCUAGGUACCCUUUAUUUCCUUUUCUUGUCUGAUUGCUCUGGCUAGGACUUCUAAUAAAAUAUACAGUGGAAGUGGUGAGAGUAGAUACCCUGGUCUUGUUCCCAAUUUCAUGGGGAAAGCUCUCAGUCGUCCUCCAUUAAAUGUAGUGUUGGCUGUUGGCUUUUCAUAUAUGCCCUGAAUCAUAUUGAGGAAUUUCCUUUUUAUUCCAGUCUUCUUUAAGGUUUUCCUCAAAGAAGGGUGUAGAAUAUUAUCAAAUGCUUGUUCUAGAUCCAUAGAGAUAUCAUGUGGUUCUUUCCUUUGUUCUGUUGAUGUGAUGUAUUUCAUUGAUUGAUUUUCUCAUGUUGAACCAUCUCUGUAUUCCUGGAAUAAAUCUCACUUGGUCAUGGUAUAUAACUCUUUUAAAAUGCUGUUGGAUUCUUUUCGCUAGUUAGUAUUUUGUUGAAGGUCUUUGCAUCUAUAUUCAUAUGAGAUAUUGGCUUGUAGUUUUCUUGUGUCUUUUUCUGGUUUUGGUAUCAGGGUCAUGUUUGCUUCAUAGAAUUAAUUAGGGCACAUUCCUUUCUUCUGUAUCUUUUGGAAGAGUUGAAACAGUAUUGGUGUCAAUUCUUUCAAUGUUUGGUGGAAUUCCCUAGUGAAGCCAUCUGGUCCAGGAAUUUUUUUGUUGUUGUUGGGAGGUUUUUGAUCACUGAUUUGAUCUCUUAUUAGGAGUCUAUUCUUCUUGAGAAUUUGUCUAUUUCAUCUAGGUUCUCCAGUUUGUUGCUGUACAGUUGUUCAUAAUAUUGUCAUAAUUCUAUAUUUCUAUUGGGUCAGUUGUAAUGUCCCCUCUUUCAUUUUUUAUUUUGAUUAUUUUCAUUGUUUCCCUUCAUUGUCAGUCUAGGUGAGGUUUGUUAAUUUUAUUGAUCUCUUCAGAGAACCAUCUUCUGUUUUUAUUGAUUCUAUUGUUUUUCUGUUUUCAAUUUUAUUUCUCUCGAUCUUUGUUAUUUCCUUUCUUCUGGUAGUUUUAGGCUUAGUUCAUUCUUCUCAUUCUAGUUCUUGGAGUUGUCGAGUUAGGCUGUCGAUUUGAGAUCUUUCUUCUUCCUUUAUGUAGGCAUUUAUAUAAGUUCCAGGAGAAGAAGUGCCUGGCACUCUCUAGAAGGACCUCUGAGAGGUCUCUCUUGUUGGUUUCAGAGCCCCAGUGGCCCUGUGGUGGUUGGGGGAGCAGUCUCCACUUAGGGGACCCACCUUCUGACUCCACUGUAGGGAACCUCUGUAGGAGUUCACAUCAGUCCAGCAGGUGACAGUUAUGAGUGUUGGGGGAGGGGUGGUCACUCUGAAUGGAUCACCAGGGAGGUCUGGCUUGUUGCUGUCAGAGCCCAUCCUGUAAUAUGUUGGCGGUGGAUGUAGCCUCCACUCAAGAUACCUGCUUCCUAGCACACAACAGCCUCAGUCAGCAGUCCUCAGCGCUGACUGAAGGGGGGAGCAGACAGACCUAAGCUGAUUCCCAAGGAGGUCUGUCCUGUUGGUUGCAGAGGAUUGUCUGUGGGGUGCACAGAGGCAGACAGAGUGCUGAAUAUGGAAGCAAACUCCACUGUGGAGGCCUUCUGCAGCAGUUUGCAAAAGUCUGGCAAUCAGCAAGUACCAGGUGGGGGAGGGGAUGUCAUGGUCUAGUUAGAUCCCCAUGGAGGUCUGCCUUGUUGCUAUUAGAGUCCCCCCAGUAGAUUGUUGGCUGUGAGUGUAGCCUCCACUCAAGGCUGCUGCUUCCUAGUACGCAGCAGCUUCGGUCAGCAGCCCUCAGCACCAACUGGAAAGGGAACAAACAGACCUGAACUGACUGGGAGGUCUAUCCUGUUGGUUUCAGAGUCCUAAGUUAUGGGGUACACAGGGAGGUAGGUAGAAUGUUGACUAUGAGAGCAGACUCCACUGCAUGGGCCUUCUGUAGCAAUCCACAAUAGGCUUGCAGCCGACAGUGUCCGGGUGGGGGAGGUGCCGGCACACUCCAAAUGGAAUCUGCCUUGUUGAUUUUAGAACAGAAGCUUGGUGUCCUGUCUGUAGAGGCAUGGGCUGUGGUGGUUAGGGAAGCAGGCUUCUUUUCUAAGGCUGCUUCCGUAGUUCACAGCAGCCAGUGGGCCUGCAUGGCUGGGGGGAGGGGCAGGGAUAGUGGGAGAAGUGAUUUUCCUACUUUGUGCAACUUGUUGCUUUGUUGAUUCUUACUGUCUGCAGUUCCCUGCUGCUUUCCUCUGCUCUCCAAUUCAGAGUCCUUCAAAAUCGAGCACCGUUUCCUUGUUCUAUUUGUGGGGGAGGGUCAAAACAAUGGUCAAUUUAUACCACCAUCUUCCCAAAAUUUGUCGUACUUUUUAAGUGUUGCAGAUACAGAAGGAGCAGGUAUCUCUUGUGGCCUUAACUUGCAUUUUUGUCUAUUAAUGAGGCUGAAUAUCUUUUUAUGUAUUUAGGAGCCCUUAUGUUUUCUCUUUAGUGAAAUGCCUAUUCGUGUCUUUGCUCACUUUUAUAUUGGAUUUCUAUUUUGUAGGAUUUCUUUAUAUAUGCCCUGCAGUAAUCUUUUGUCAGUUUAUAUGUUGCAGACAUCUUCUAGUAGUUUCUAGUUUCUCUUUUUACUCUCUUUAUUGGAUCUUUGCUGAACAGCAGUUCUUACUUUUGAUUUCCUUGAAUUUAUCAGUCUGUUCUCUUGUGGUUAGUGUUUUUGUUGUUUUAAAAAGUCCUUUCCUAUCCUAAAGUCAGAAAGACAUUUUCCCUCUACUAUUUUAUGAAGUUUUACAAUAUGUCCUUUUCUUAAAUUAUGACUUUUCUUUAUGUUGUGAUGUAGGUUGCCAGUUUUCUUUCCUGAUGAAUAAGCAUCUUUUAUUAAAGAAUCCAUCCUUUCCCAACCAAUCUGUAAAACCCAGUCUGUCUUGAGCCAACUUUCCAUAUAUGUGUGUGUCUGUUUCUGAGCUCUCUAAUCUAUUCAGACCCAUUUGUCUGUUUUUGUCAACACCACUUUGUCUUAAACUUUUAUAAAAAGUCAUUAUCCAGUAAGACAAGUUGUUUUAUGUUGUUCUUCACAAGUGGUCUAUUUAUGUUUUAGAAUCAACUUGUAAAUUUUCAUGAAAAUUCCUUUGGGAUUUUAAUUGGGAUUGGACUGAAUUUAUGUUUUAGUUUAGGAAGAAUAGACAUCUUCAUGAUGUUGAGUCUUCUUAUCCACGAUUGUCUUCAUUUAUUUAAGUCUUCUUCAAUGUCUUUCAAUAUAAUUGCAUUAUUUCUCCAGGAAGGUAUUAUGUGUCUUUUAUUAGAUUUAUUUCUAGCUACCUUUUGUUUUAUGAUGCUAUUGUACAUAUAUCAUUUUAAAAUAUUAUAUUUCCUAACUGUGCAUGGGAAUAGAAGUGCAAUUGACUACUAUAUAUAUAUUUUUGUACCUGUGACCUUUUUAGAAUUCUCCCAUUCUAAUAAUUUCUCUAUAGAUUCCUUUUGGUUUUCUGGGUACAGAUCAUGACUUCAUGAUUUGUGUAGAAAUGAUCAAGAUUUACUUCCUUCUUCCUCCCUUAUGCUCCUUUUUUUCCCCUUCCUCCUCCUCUCUUCCCCUUCCAUUACUGCUCUCCCUUUCUUUUCAUCAGAGCGAAAGCCAGUUUAGUGGUUGCUCAUCUUCUAGGGCUAGAGUACUUUGUUUUUUCUUUUAUUGUGCUUUAGGUGAAGGUUUACAGAACAAAUAAGUUUCCCAUUCAAUAGCUCGUACACAAAUUGUUCCGUGACAUUUGUUGCAAUCCCUGAAAUGUGUUAGCAAUCUCCCCAUUACCACCCUGAGUUCCUCAUUACUGUUUGUCUGGUUUUCCUGCCCCUUCCUGCCUUCUCAUCUUUGUUUUUGGGCAGUUGUUGUGCUUUUGGUCUCAUAUAAAUGAUUGUUCUAAGGAGCACUUUCCUCACAAUGUUAUUGUUAUAGGCCUGUUUAUAAUUUGGCUGAAAGGUGAUCUUUGAGAAUAGCUUCUGUUCCAAGUUAGAAGGGUGUCUAAGGGCCAUAGUCUUGGGGGUUCCUCCAGUUUACCUUGGACCAGUAAAUCUGAUCUUUUUUCAAUGAAUUUGAACCAUUCCCCUUCCCCAACAAAUUUUAACAUUUCUGAAAUUACAUUGCAACUUAAAAUUUAUGCAACAUGAAAGCCUUGUGUGAUAAGUUGUAGAAUUUUGCCUUUUUUAGAGGCACAAAAAUAAUGGUGCAUCUUAUUGUCUGUGGCAUAUGUUAUGGAUUGGAUUGUGUUCCCCUAAAAUGUGUGUCAGCUUGGCUAGGCCAUGAUUCCCAGUAUUGUGUGAUGCUCACCAUUUUGUCAUCUGAUGUUAUGUCCCUAUGUAUUGUAAAUCCUACCUCUAUGAUGUUAAUGAGGCAAGAUUAGAGGCAGUUAUGUGUUUUUUUUUUAGUUUUUAUUUUUUUAUUGUGCUUUAGGUGAAAGUUUAUAGCUCAAGUUAAUUUCUCAUUCAAAAAUUUGUACACAUAUUUUUAUGUGACACUGGUUGCAAUCCCUAUAAUGCGAUAUCACAGUCCCCCUUUCCCCCUGGGUUUCCCAUGUCCAUCCAACCAGUUCCUGUCCCUUAGAGGCAGUUAUGUUAAUCAGACAGGACUAAAUCUACAAGAUUAAGUUGUAUCUUGAGUCAAUUUCUUUUGAGAUAUAAAAGAGAAAAGCAUGCAGAGAGACAGAGGGACCUCAUGCCACCAAGAAUGAAGAACCAAGAAGGGAGUGUGUCCUUUGGACCUGGGGUUCCUGUGAUGAGAAGCUCCUAGACCAGGGGAAGAUUGGUGACAAGGACCUUCCACCAGAGCCAACAGAAAGAGAAAGCCUUCCCAUGGAGCUGGCACCCUGAAUUUGAACUUCUAGCUUCCUAGACUAUGAGAGAAUAAAUUUCUCUUUGUUCAAGCCAUCCACUUGUGGUAUUUGUUAUAGUAGCACUAGAUAACUAAGACAGCAUCUUAGAUUCAAUGAAAUACAGGAAUGUUAUUUUGUGGUAGUUGCUGUAUAUUGGGUGCCUCUCUUUACAAAAAAUGGUCCUACAAUUUUCUUAUUCUUUUAAUAUAUGAUGACCAUCUUUCCAUGACAGUUAAUACAGAUAUACUACAUUUAUAAAAUGGCUUUUCCACUUAGUGGAUAUACAGUAAUUUGUUUAAUCAUUCUUCUUUGGCAUUUGGGUCAUUCAGUUUUUCUUUAUUAUGAAUAAUACAAUGAACAUGUGUAAUUUUUUUGUAUGUUUGUGGGAGCAUUUCGACUGGGUAGAUGUCAUGAAGUGAAAUUAUUAGAUCAAUUUGGUAAAAAAACGUGUAAUUUUUUUGUAUGUUUGUGGGAGCAUUUCGAUUGGGUAGAUGUCAUGAAGUGAAAUUAUUAGAUCAAUUUGGUA